GUUCGGCGAUCUCCUGGCUGGUCGCGAUCUCAUAGGCUGAUCAGACCUGGAAUCGCUCGUCCGCUUGAGGACACCAUACCGCUACGUCUUCGCCCGCAUCCGGCUUGGGUGGCUGGAUUCCCUGUCCCUGCAAAACCAAAAACUCGGGUAAAUAUAGCCGAAGCCGAUCCAGGUCCCUAUCUCCUUCUGCCGAUCCAGGUCCCAGUCUCCCUUUUUUUCCAUAAUGUCGUUUGCAUUUUGGCCCUCACAUUAAUUUCGAAUUUUUAAUUAAUUAUCGGCUUUUUUUAUAUAUAUAUAUGAACCAUCUAUCUAUUUUUAAUUGAUGUGAUUCCGAAACGGAUUUGCAGAAUUUUUCAAAGCCAAGAAAAUGGCGAGGAGGAGAGAAGUGGAAGGAGAAUGAAGAGGCGAUCCGUGUUAUGGCAGCCGAAAUCGGGGGACCUCUCUCCUCUCGUCUCUUGUUUUUCAAUCACUUCUCCGCCUUCUUACUCCCUUGGCUACGUCCCCCCUCCUCUUCACCCACUCACACAUCUGGUGCGUGGCUCCGAGUCAGGGCAGAGACCUCACUCGUAACGUAAUUAACUCUCCGGUGGAGCUGCUCUGCUGGUCGCCGCCGUUCUCAUCCUCCGUUCUGGCAGUGCUAUUGUAAAAGCUCGCCACCGUCGCAUUUUCCACCUCAUAUGAACUCCAGCUCUUCCUUCUACUUCAGAAGCUUCCCCACAUCCCUCUCCCAGCGUUCCGCGAUUCUCAGCAAAUCAAACAGAUUUAAUCUCGAUUGAGCCGAUUCGCUUCUGCAAUUACGUUUUAUUGAGGUUGGUCUCUUUUUUUUCUUCCUGUUUGUUUUUGUUCUAGUUCUGUGUUCGAAUCGACUCAGUUUCCAGUUUUCUAAUUUCUUAUCUUAUUUUUGGGCCCAUGGUUCUGUGGAGUUCUUCUUGCAUUUGUUCUCCUUUUCGUUUCGCUCCGUCUUGUCUUACGGGGUCUGUUUUUCUGGGCGACUGUUUCGACGAGAACAAAAAGGGGAGGGAGUUCAGAAGUUUCGAUAAACGAAUAUUCCAGGUCCUGGCAUUUUCCCCUUUCGACUCUUUGGUGGAGAAAUGUCUGACUUUCGGGGGAAUUUGUCCUGCCCUGGUUAACAGUCGUGCUUAACAAUGUAGUACUUCUCUUGAGUUCCUUAUUUCCCCCCCUCCAGUUCUGGAAACAACCCUUGCAACUGAGAACAGAGAACACCUUUCUUGUUUUAGUGGCCAAUCCAAGUUGUCUUGCUCUUCAAUUUCCUUUCUUUUUGUCGAGGGGGCUGAUUUAGUUUUGGGUUCACCCAGUCGCAUAGAUCUUGAAUUGGCGUUGGGAUUGUGUUUUGCUCAUCUUUGUCUCCAUGUGCAAGUUAAGGAUGCCAUUCAAGAGCAUUGUUCGUGAGCUGAAGGAGAUGAAAGAUGGGGUUGGGAGUAGGUCUGGCCGAGGUGGUGAAGGAAAGCGGUGGAGAGGCAGGGCACGGUCACAUAUAGCUCCUGAUGAAACUUCAAUGGUUGAAUCUGAACAAUCCAUUGAGCAAGGCCAGUGGGCCAACUUGCCCCCUGAAUUGCUCUUGGACAUCAUCAGGAGGGUGGAAGAGACCGAGACCUCGUGGCCUGCUCGUGCUGUUGUUGUUCAUUGUGCUUCAGUUUGUAAGUCGUGGAGAGAAGUUACAAGGGAAGUUGUGCAGACUCCUGAACAGUGUGGGAGGCUUACAUUCCCAAUCUCAUUGAAACAGCCGGGUCCUCGUGAGUCUCCAAUACAGUGCUACAUCAGAAGGGAUCCUCUGACCUCCACGUUUCUGUUGUAUUCCGGAUUAAUGCCUUCUGAGGGCAAGAAGGAUAAAUUGCUUUUGGUAGCAAAGAGAAUCAGAAGGACAACUUGCACGGAUUUCAUUAUAUCUCUGGUUGCAAAUGAUUUUUCUCGCUCCAGCAACAACUACAUUGGAAGACUCAGGUCAAACUUCCUGGGGACUAAGUUCACCAUAUUGGAUAGGCAAUCUUCACAUGAAGCUCCAACACAAUCUGGCAAGCGGACAAGCCGCAAUGGAUUCCAUUCCAGACAGCCAUCUUCUCGAACACCCAGCUCUAGCUACACCAUAGGCACAAUCAACUACGAGCUGAACGUCCUCCGCACAAGAGGGCCGAGAAGAAUGCAUUGUGUCAUGAACUCUAUCCCAGUCUCUUCCGUGGAGGAAGGUGGCAGUGUCCCAACAACAGCAUCACUGCCAGAGACAGCAGCUGAUGAACAGCAGUUCUCUCCUUCACCAGUCUUCAAAGGAAGCAGUGGAGGAGCAGGGUCAGAUAUCAGUUCCACCAACAGCCCAUCAGAGUCACCAAUGGUAAUCCCUGGCUCACUAGGAGAGCCUUUAAUCCUAAAAAAUAGGGCUCCCAGGUGGCACGAGCAGCUUCAAUGUUGGUGCUUGAACUUCAGGGGGCGAGUUACAGUUGCUUCCGUUAAGAAUUUCCAACUUGUUGCGGCAUGUGAGCCCCACCACCACAAUGUGCCAGCUGCAGAACACGAUAGGGUCCUUUUACAGUUUGGGAAGAUUGGUAAAGACAUAUUCAGCAUGGACUAUAGCUACCCGCUUUCUGCAUUUCAAGCAUUUGCACUCUGCCUCAGCAGCUUUGAUACCAAACCAGCCUGUGAAUGAAUGAAUGAUAACAGAGUCGAGAAAUCAGUUGGCAAUACAGUUACUCCAUAUCCUGUGGUAUGUGCGAUCACUGUUUUCUAAUACACGACUGUGUGUGUGUUUUAUUAUGGAAGCUCAACUGAAGUUCAAAAGGAGGUUGUGUUGCUGUAUUGUAUAGCUGUGCAGUUUGGCAAUUUGCGUAAUCAUACCAGCAGCUUGAAUUACUAAAAUUAUUUUCUUGACCGUCAAGAGAGAACUGGUUUGUUCUUAGAGCGGUAGCUAGUUCAAGUGAGAUUUAGUUGGAACCUUGGCUAUCUUCCUAUAAAGGUUUCAGCCAAUUUUGGGUCUUAGUUGGCUUACACUAUAGGGUUCUGCAGUUUUCAUUUGCUCUUAUAUCUCUGCCGAUGAGGGAGGGGGGAAUUAAACUACUUCGUUGACUACUUACAACAACUUGUAGCUUCUGGUUAUUGUAUUCAUGAGAUUGAUCUUGUAAUAAUCAAAAGUCAUUGUUAUUGCAACAUUCCCUUCUUCAAUAAUUUAAUAAUUACUAUAUUUUUCGGGUAAAUGUCACGUUUGGUCACCGAGAUUACUAAAUUGUGUCAUGUUUA